AUGGCGCCGAACGCUAGACCCUCGCCCAAGCAGUGGCUUAUGGGCGUAGAAGCUUUCGAGAAGCGCAUGCCGCACCACACCGGCGUUCGGGCGCUCUGGGAGACCAAGUGGCGCGAACCAUGCCGUCGAUCUGUAUACCCAUUCCACGACGGAGCGUUUGAGGACUUCGAGCCUGUGUUUCUUGACUUAAUCGCGCGAGAUAUCAAUGAUAUGAACUCGGCCGAGUUUACCCUAGCUUUCGUGCCCACAGCCAAAGCUCUUGAGAAGCAUGCCGAUGAGGCCGUAGCGAAAGGGGGUAGUGAGGUCAAAAAGGCGUCGGACCUUUAUUUGCGUGCUGCAUGCCUUCUAAGAAUCGCCCGGUUCCCUUACAUCACCGGAUUUCCCGGCAUCAGCGAUACCGUCAAAUGGGAGGCCUGGGAGCUCCAAAAAGCAAUUUACCGCAAAGCCGGCGCCUUAUGGUCUCCCUCACCUUUAAUCGAAGUCUCAAUCCCACACACCUAUGGCCAGGGCCGCGACGGCUCCGUCAUCCCAGCAUACGUGCGCGUACCCCCAGACUCCAGCGUGAAACACCCCACCGUCAUCCUCCUAACCGGCCUCGACGGCUACCGCCCCGACAACACAGCUCGAUGCGAGGAAUUCCUCUCACGCGGCUGGGCUGCCGUCGUAUUUGAGAUCCCAGGCACUGCCGAUUGUCCCGCAGACUCAGCAGACCCGUCUUCUCCCGACAGAUUAAUGGACAGCGCAUUCUCGUGGAUGGCGCAAGACGGCCGCUUCGACAUGGCGCGCGUCAUGUGUUGGGGCCUCAGCAGCGGCGGAUACUACGCCGUGCGCGCGGCGCACACGCAUCGCGAGAAGCUCGUCGGCGUCGUGGCGCACGGAGCCGGCACGCAUCAUUUCUUCGCGAGGGAGUGGCUGGCUCGUGCCGAUGGACAUGAGUAUCCGUUUAAACUCACGCCGGCGCUGGCGGCGAAACAUGGUUAUGGAGAGGAUGUCGAGGCGUAUUUGAGCGGUGCGCAGAAGAAGUUUUCGUUGCUUGAGACGGGGGUUUUGGAGUUGCCUAGUGCGAGGUUGUUGCUUGUUAACGGCAUGCAUGAUGGACUCAUGCCGAUCGAAGAUUCGAUCUUGUUGUUCGAGCACGGAUCCCCGAAGGAGGCGCGAUUCUUCACCGGUGCGCUACAUAUGGGUUACCCAAUGGCGAACUCGUCGGUGUAUCCUUGGAUGGAGCAGGUUAUGGCUUCUACGAAGUGA